AUGGAGUGGAUGAAGGGGGUGACCAAUGCUCCAUGGUUUUUUUUCACAAGAUUGCGCAACGAAGGACAACAAGGAGAAUCUUGCAAAUUAAUGAUGAACACGGAGUCACCCAUAUGGGAGCAGCAGGCGGUGGUAAAUGAAUUUGUCUCCUUCUUCCAAAACCUGCUAGGAGGAGAGAGACGACGAGAUGUAGUUGAUAUCCGGUUCCUUAGACCAUGGGCAUGGCAUUUGCUGACAGACGACGAGGCCAACUCUGUCUUAUUGCCUUUCACCCCGGUUGAUGUUAAACAGGUAGUGUUUGAUAUUGCUGAGGAUAAAGCAUCGGGGCCCGAUGGGUACUCAUCAGGUUUCUUUAAAGCGGCAUGGCCGAUGUGGGACAGAGUUAUAGAGGCCAACUCUGUCUUAUUGCCUUUCACCCCGGUUGAUGUUAAACAGGUAGUGUUUGAUAUUGCUGAGGAUAAAGCAUCGGGGCCCGAUGGGUACUCAUCAGGUUUCUUUAAAGCGGCAUGGCCGAUGUGGGACAGGAGGUGGAUUGAGGAAUGUGUCACUACAACAUCUUUCUCAGUCGGGCUCAAUGGAAAGCCCCAUGGAUUCUUCACGGGAGCUAGAGGGCUACGACAGGGGGAUCCUCUUUCAUCGUACUUAUUUGUGCUCGUCAUGGAGGUGCUACACUUGGGUUUUCUCCAGUUGAUUGAUCAAAAAGAGCUGAAGCUGAACGUCCAAAAGAGUCAUCUUAUCAUCUCAGGGUCAACACAGGGACUUAGAGAAGAUAUACUGACUUUACUUGGGUUCCAGGAAGGGCAACUGUCGAUGAGUGUUUAUUGGGCCUCUGCAAUCAUUUUGUCGAAGAAAAUCAUUAAAGAAAUUGAGAAAAGACUACGAGCUUUCUUAUGGAAAGGAAUAGGGAACAGUGGAUACGCAAAGGUAGCAUGGAAUGACGUGUGUCGGCCUGUUGAGGAGGGAGGCCAAGGAAUCAGGGAUGUUGCUACAUUGAAUCAGGCAUUAAUGAGUAAGAAACUCUGUGAUGUAAUCCGAUGCGAGAGGACAUCAAUUUGGGUGGACUGGUUGUACGCUAGUCGGUUACAAAACACCUCUGUUUGGACAGUACGCGAUGAUAGGGGUUCAUAG